UUCGGUGCUUAGCUCUUCGCCCUACAACCCGUUUAACAAUCUCACCGUCACUUCGGCUCUUAGAUUUUUUUGAUUCUUGUAGCUUCUCUCGAUAGCGAAUCGAAUUCGGAAGGCUUUUGUUCUUCAGAAAUUGUUAGCUCAAUUCUGCUUGCAUAAUGGCGGAAGAGGUGGAGUAUCGCUGUUUUAUUGGCGGCCUUUCUUGGUCAACAUCUGACAGAGGUUUGAAAGAUGCGUUUGAAAAGUUUGGCCAUCUUCUCGAGGCCAAGGUAGUUGUUGACAAGUUUUCUGGACGUUCUCGUGGUUUUGGAUUUGUCACUUUUGAUGAGAAAAAAGCUAUGGAAGAGGCAAUCAAAGGCAUGAAUGGAAUUGAUUUAGAUGGCCGGACUAUUACAGUUGAUAAGGCUCAGCCAAACCAAGGUUCAGGUAGAGAUCAUGAUGGUGAUCGUCCACGUGGUCGUGAUCGAGGUCGAGAUUUUGGAGGUGGACGUGGAUCUAACGGUGGAGAUUGCUUUAAAUGCGGGAAGCCUGGACAUUUUGCUAGGGAAUGUCCCAGUGAAGGUGGUAGAGGAGGUAGAUAUGGAAGUAGGGAUGACAGAUAUGGUAGUGGUGGUGGUGGCAGUGGUCGAUAUGGUCCAGAUAGAAAUGGAGAUAGAUCUGGUGGGCGCAAUCGGGGUAGUACCGGUGAUCGAGGAGGUUCAGGAAAUGAUCGAUAUAGUCGUGACCGCUCUGGGCCAUAUGAGCGACGUGGUUCUGGUGGUUCUCGUUCUGGAUAGAAUUGUGACUUAUCUGUUGGGGUGUGUAGUCAUCUUAACUUCACUGGUUCUUAUAGCUGCCUCGUACUGAUUACUCGUGUUGUUUCCACAUUAAAUGAAGCUUAUAUGGUGGGAUCUUGCUGUUAUUGUUUCUUUCUACAGAUUGUCUCUCUUACAGUUCAGAGUUCUGAAGAGCAGAAUUUGACGUUAAUAUUGAGAUGUUUGUGUUCCUAUGUGAUGAAUUUGGUAUCAUGGUACAGUGGUGUGGUAUCUAAUGUGUUCUUGACAUAUUCAUUCAAAUCUGGUUUUAUGGUCUUUGAGUGCCCUUGUAGCUGCUGGAUUACUUAUGAACACAUACACAGGGAAUUGCAUUAACUGCUGCACAUUUCAUCUAGAAAAUUUUCUUUUAGUAUACAACUAGACCUGGUUUUUGAUGUUCGAUGGGUAUCGAGAGGACCUGGCUUUCGGUAAGCUGCUACUAGAGAUCUGUGUCCUGACCCGGAAACUUUGACAGAACGUUGUUCCCAUUGUCUUACAGGUAAUUGCACUUCUUUCAGCCUUACUGUCCUAAUAUGAACUAUCACCUUUAUGUCGUGUUAUAUUGAUGUCGUGAACUUUUUGGCAGCAUGCUUCGUUUAUAUGGUCUUAUUGGGUGCAUAAUACAGUUUCUUGUUAAUUGGGCGCUUUAAACUUAAAAUUUACCCAAAGCCUUUGGGAUGCUCAAGCAAAUUUGUUCAUAAACUCUCACUUAAUCUACGAAUACGUCCUGCUGGCUUAUGGUCGAGCGGUAUUUCGUGCUAAAAUGCUCGGCACGUUGUUUGGAAGCUCUUGAUGAGUUUGGCAACUGUUGUCCCAUCUUUUCCACUCUGCCUUGUUGGGGGAGACUUUUGGUGUUCUUGCCUUCUUUCUGGGUCUGCUUGCUUGUUCUUGGUCUUGUUUGGGGAGAUUGAUUCAGAUAUGUGAUUCUUUGCAUCCAAGGUUUUUGUUCGAAGUUUGUUUGGAGUCUCUAUAAUGAUCGUCCCGUCCCGUCCCUUUCACCUUCGGGAUCAGUUUGGUUUCAAAUCCAUUGAUAGCUCUAUUUUCAAAUGCGAUCAAAGGAAACUGUCUCGUGUAAUUUACGCAUAUGUAUCUCGAUUUUCAUCCCUCAAUUGCUGUCAUGAUGAAUGUUUUACAGGCGACACCGAGGAAGCGAAAUAGUCGUCCUUUCUCGUGAUUUAUUUCCAUAGCUGUCUUCUUGUAUGAAUUGCCAUCCAGGAAUGGAUGUUUUUUUUCCUAUGAUGAAGAACAAAACUGAAAUGUUUGAGUAA